AUGAGUCUAUUGUCACCAGGUAUGGAUACCAGAGAUUACAAUGGGACCUCUGGAAGGGAAAACACUGUGCGGGACUGGGGAGAAAAUGCGGCAGAGACAUUGGCACGAAGGUUCUCUCCGAGUGAGCCUCGACGAUCGCGGGGUCCUGGCUUGGAUACAACUAUUCGCACAGUUACGCCCGAACCUGUCGAGGUAACAGACGACAAUUUAAGCAUACUAGAGACUCCACCUAGACUCUUUCCAUCCGUGCAGACGUCGCCGCGAUCGAUACCUGGCGGAGAAAAGCCUAGAGAGCGCCGUCAAGGCCUUGUUUUCCAUGAUUCAUAUAGCAGUGACUCGAUUGACAAGCCUCCUCAGAGUACCAUGAGUCUUCGAUCUCGACCUCGAACAUAUACCGUAGAUGCUACCACACGAAAAAGAUCAGGAUCGGGAGGCGCGCCUAGGAAUAGACAGCGAAUUGGCUCAGUACAUUCCACAAACUCAUCAUCUUUCCAUGACAUCGAGCCACGACCCGAUACUAAUACUGCCAUCGGAUAUCCAUCUACUUCUAACAGAAACACAUUGACUAAAUCCAACUCUCUCAAGAAGGAAAAGGGGUCGGGUAGACGAUUGGUUAAAAAAGCAUUCACGGCCGACUUCGCCAUUUCAAGCAUUUUGUAG